CUCCUGGAUGUUUCCUCCACGGCCAUCUGGGCCCAGACCAAGCCUGAAGGAGGCAGCCUGUGAUGGGAGCCCACUCAGAAGACCCCCACCUGUGCUGGGCCUCCCGGCUCCUGGGGUUCAGCAGCCUCGUCCUCAGCGCCUUCAGCACUGAGGUCAACGGUUCUGGAACCCAUGGAUCUCAAUUGGAGGAUUCUGGAAACGUGGUUUCUGUGAAGGGAACUCAAGGAAGUUCUGUGUCGUUUCAUGUGACCCGAAGUCCAGAAUCACUUCCAGGAGUCAAGCUGGAGAAGAUUUCUUGGGGCAUUAAAUCUCAGCCACACGACAAGGUCAUCCUGCACGUGUCUCCUGGGGAAGAUGUUCCAAAAUGGGUCAACUUCCAGGACAAGCUCGAGAAGAGGGUCCAUGUGGUCAACACCACGACCCUGAGGAUUGACAACCUGACCCUUGAGGACAGUGGGCAGUACUGGGCUCGAGUCUACUUAACUGAAGGAAGAGAAACGAACCGGUAUUUCCACCUCACUGUCUACGAGCCCGUGCCCCGCCCCCAGAUCCUGGGCGAGACUCCAUCCGUCACACCAGACUGGUGCAAUGUCACCCUGGAGUGCCAUGCCCCGGGAACCAGAGAGGACGUGAAUGUGUCCUGGGAGAGCAAGGUCCUCCUCAGGGAGCUGGAGCAGAGAGGGGUCCCAGGACCGGCCCCCAACCCCUGGACCCUGGCUCUGAAGCUGCCCCUGAGCCAGCCCAGCCCCAGCAUCACCUGUGUGGUCAGCAACCCGGGGGACCGGAAAACUGCCACCCGGGACCUUGGGGAAGUGUGUGUCCACGGUCCACAUGGACAGGCCGGUGUUGGUUUCUUGAGAGACAUCCUGGGGGCUCUUGGCAUCACGUUCCUGAUCCUUGGAGCCGGACUGUACCUUCGGUGCUCACGGGGGAGGAAGCAGAGCUUGGAGCCUGGGAGAGGCAGGGUUGCAGGAAGAGCACAGGGACCGUUUUGUUCGCGUCCACCGUGCGGGGAAGAUGUCCCAAGACCACAGGAAGCAGCUGUGGCAGGAACCCUCUGUCUGCGUUCCAGGGUUCGGGGGAACCACAUCUCGAACAGGAGACACCGCUCACGAGUCAACAGUGAGGUCCGCCACCCAGGCCAGGGCUUGAGGGUGAUUUAACUGGAAGAAGCAGGGAAUCCAGCCUCCCCCCGACACCUCUGUAGUGCGCGUGAUGCCUGAGGCCCUGGUCCUGCCCCCUCCCCCUCUGACUGCUCUCAGCAGGGACCGGAUUCAUCCAACCUCCGUGAAUCUCUAUGCGGACCCGUCGUGCACAAGUUGAGCAGAAGACACACAUCGCGGCUGAUCGAGGGGACCUUCGUCGUUAAACGAGUCCAAAGCUAUGGUCCGGUUCCGCUCAGCCUCAGCCCCUUUGGCAACUGUAAACGGAGCCCACUCUCCCCACGUGUGUGCCCCGUCCGUCGUCCUGUCCGGACCCUCGGCCUCUGGGACCCAUCGACAUGAAGUCUCAACUUCCAGCCUCGACCGGUUCACCACCAGCCAAUUGUCACUAUGUGCAUUUUCCUUCUGUCUCUCUCCCCAAAUAUAUGUGCAAAUAACCACUUUAAAAAAAAAAAACAGAUGAAAUUUGUCUCAGACCUA